AUGUCGGACCUUGCCUCGCGCGUGAAGCAGUACGGGUUGACCCAGGUCUACUGUAGCCCCGAAAAGCCUCUGGUCGACAUCGUGUUUGUUCAUGGACUGAACGGCCAUCCCUACAACACCUGGGCCUCAAGUAACGGCACCUUUUGGCCAGCCGAUCUUUUGCCUGAAAUUCUUGGUCCGAACCGAGUAAGGAUCUUGACUUAUGGUUAUAACGCGAAUGUAACUGCCUUCACCGACGGCGCGUCGAAGGACAGAAUCCAUAAUCAUGCCGAAACCCUGGCGUCGGGAUUGGCAGCCAACCGCAAUCUUCGAAGCUGUUCUGACAGACCGAUCAUCUUCGUCUGCCACUCGCUCGGUGGUCUCGUCGUCAAGCGCACACUGAUAUACUGCCGAAAUGUGUCAAAUGAAAAGAUCGAGCACCUGCGAUCCAUCUAUGUCUCCACCUACGGGAUCCUGUUCCUAGGAACACCGCACAACGGUUCGGACGUUGCCAAAUGGGGUCUGCUGUUGCAGAACAUCUGUAGUGUCGUUAUGCCGAAGAAGUUCAUGGAGUCGUCUCCUCAUCUGGUAAAGGCUUUGAAGACCAACAACGAGACGCUUCAAAACAUCAACAGCCUCUUCGCCGACAUAACCAGCCGGUUCCACAUUUAUUUCUUCCACGAGACACUGUCGAGUGAUGUCAAAGGGACACGCGAGUUGAUCGUGGACGAAAGUUCCGCCGCACCCUACGCUGAAGGUGUCGAACGUAUGGGCAUCGAAGCUGACCACAGACACAUGUGCAAGUUCGAUGAUGACAACUCUCCUGGCUAUGAAGCGGUUGCUGAGGCGCUGUUGCGGUACUCGCGCGAUGCCCCGAACACUAUCGCAGACCGCUGGGUCGAAGAGGACAAGACCCGGCGUGUUCAGAAGCAAACAAAGAUCAGGGAGAUAUUCAGCCAUGGCAUGUAG